AGAAAACGCCCCUAAUGACGUCACCACGCAAGGGGGCUGCGACGUGGAAAACAUGGAGGCUAGGAGUAUGUAGAGUAAACUUCACUCUGACAAUUCCUUUGAAAUUGAAGCUUUUUUGGGAAUUGUAAGUUACACUCAGUAAUAAACGGAUAUACAUUUAACUGGCUUUAAAUCAAGUGGGGUUAUUUCACCGUCCCACGCACGACCACAGCCACAGAGGAGGGACGAGGGAGCAUAUAUGACAGGUGUUGGCAUAUGCCCGGCAAACAAGCAUUGAGGUGUGCGGCUGAGUACGGAGAUGGGGGCCAACACCAGCCAGCUCAGUGACCUGCCGGACAAUCCCAGCCUCAAGGCUUUGGUGGGCACGGAGUCCAUAUCUGAGAAUGAUCCCUUUUGGAAUCAGCUUAUCUCCUUCACCGUUAUAAGUCCCACAAGCAGUGCCGACUCCAAGUUGCUGGAAGAGGCUGUUUUACCACUGGCCAAACUCCUUAUUGAAAACAAUCCCAGAACAGGGAACUUUGGUGCUCUGGUGAGAAUCUUCCUGGGAAGAACCAAAGAGCUGAAAAUCUCCACAGAAUGCCAAGAUCAGCUGUUCAUCUGGCAGGCCCACAAUGGUCUCUUCAUGAUCCGUUGCUUGCUCAAGGUGUUCAUCCAGGAGAUGAGCGAGGAGGAGCUGCACUUGCAGUUCAGCUACCAGGAGAGGGCGCCAGGCUCCUGUGGAGAAUCGGGCCGUGAGGACCUCCUUGAGGAGCUCUUGUCCAACCUGGUGCACCUGAUUGUUGAAGUACCAUUACUUGAUAUCACGUACAGCAUCCUGUUCGAAGCCGUGACCACCUUGCUGGUAUUCUUCUCCUACCAGCUGUUCUCCAAAGACAUCCUCAGAGACGGGUUAAUCUACCGCCACGUCAUGAAGGGGCGUUGUUUGUCGCUAACCAGUCGCCUGGUGAAGACCCUGCUGUAUAACUUCAUCAGACAAGAAAAAUGCCCGCCUCCGGCAACCCAUAUCUUUGAGCCCAAGCCUGAGGGCAGCCUGCUUUAUGGCCUGGCAUCUGGCGUGGCAAGCGGUCUGUGGAGCGUCUUCACAUUGGGCGGGGCUGGCAGCAAGACAGGAGUAGACCCGGAACACAACCAUUUACCUUUGUCCAACCAGAGCCUUUUGUUACUGUUGGUUCUGGCCAAUCUGACGGAUGGGCCUGACUGGCCCAACGCUUACCGCCAGGCUAUUACUUGCUUCAGAAACACACAAGACACAUCGUCAAUUCCUGUCGAGCAAACUCACACCUUCCAGAUCAAUUUCAACAGCCUGUACACAGCACUGUGUGAGCAGCAGUGCUCUGACCAGGCUACCCUGCUGCUGUACACGCUGCUCCACCAGAACGCCAACAUGAGGACGUACAUGCUCUCCAGAACCGACAUGGACAAUCUGGUGUUGCCCAUCCUGGAGAUCCUUUACCACGUGGAGGACAGAAACUCCCACCAUGUCUAUAUGGCCUUGAUUAUCCUCCUCAUCCUCACAGAAGACGACGCCUUCAACCGCUCCAUCCAUGAAGUGGUAUUGAAGAACAUCGCAUGGUACACGGAGAGGUCCUUGCCCGAGAUCUCCCUUGGCAGCUUGCUCAUCCUGGUGGUGAUCCGCACAAUCCAGUUCAACAUGACCCGCACGAGGGAUAAGUACCUCCACACCAACUGUCUGGCUGCGCUUGCAAACAUGUCAGCCCAGUUCCGAUGUCUCCACCAGUACGCUGCCCAGCGCAUCAUCAGUUUAUUUGCUUUGCUUUCCAAGAAGCACAACAAGGUUCUGGAACAGGCAACACAGAGUCUGCGAGGCAGACAGGGAGACAACACGACCUUGCCCGACUAUGCUCAGGACCUGAACGUGAUUGAAGAAGUGAUCCGCAUGAUGCUUGAGAUAAUCAACUCUUGCCUUUGCAACUCCCUGCACCACAACCCCAACUUGGUGUACGCGCUGCUGUACAAGAGGGAACUCUUUGAGCAGUUCAGGAUGCACCCUUCCUUCCAGGACAUCAUGCAGAACAUGGACACGGUAAUUGGCUUCUUCAGCCAGCGUCUGGAGCUAGCAGGAAGUGACCUGUCUGUUGAGAGAGUUCAAGAGGUCAUCAUGAAAGGCGCCCAGGCGUUGCCCAAAGACAGGUUGAAGAAGUUUCCGGAGCUCAAGUUCAAGUACGUGGAGGAAGACCAGCCCGAGGACUUCUUCAUACCCUACGUGUGGUCGCUGGUUUUCAACUCAGGAGUGGGCCUCCACUGGAGCUCGCACGGCAUUGAGCUCUUCAGCAUGGACUCCGGCUGAGCCACCACGGGUGUGUUGGCCCCAGGGCGGACUGACCGUUUGUAUACCUGUGUGUUUGGGGUGUAUGUGUGCCGCUUAUUUGGGGGAUGCUGCUUUGGGGGUGCCCGGACCCUCGCCCGGCGUGGUGGUGCAGCAUCAGCUCCAAUUCCCAAAGCAAACACUUCCUCUGCUUCUCCACUGGGGAUCUUCACAGUGGCGAGAGCCGCAUCCCGUCUAGGGGGCGCUGUGGAGGCGGUGGAGAAGGUGGAUGAUCCUAUUUGUGUUUUUCCAACUUCUGCACUGUCAGAUUGACUUCAUCACAGAUGCACUGAAUCCAGACAAUAGAAACCUUACCUACUUUUACUUUGAAGGAGCCUUUUAUUUGGGCUUACAUUCUUAUGAAUUAUUUGGGUCAUAAAUGUUACAACUACUGAAAUAUUAUGACAUCAUAAUUGUGCAUUUUAAAAGUAAAAGUUAAAAAACUAAAAUAUGCCAAUAAGAUGAUAAUUAUUCUUUAAUAAAUGGCUGAAUAUUAUAUAUAAAAUAUAUAUACAACACAGUUCAAAUAUCACAAAAAUGAAAUCAUAAACAAAAUUUUUAAAAAUUUGAAUUUUGCAUUUACAAAAACUCUGAGUCGAUUGAGUCGAACAAAGAUUUGUAAUUUUGCCGUCAUAGCGUUAGAAUAACGAGGGCAGAAGAAAACUAUGCAUUAGCAUCAUGUUACGUCAUGCUAACAGAGAAACCUUUUGAUUUUGUUAGCAUUUGUUUACGAAUAGAUGCACACACGCUGAAGUUAGAAUUUAGUCACAAAAAUCAAAUAUUAAUGACGUGUAACCUGUAAUAUUACUUUUUCUGAAUAAUUAUCCAUCCAUUUUCUCUGCCACCUAUCCUUACUUGGGGGGGGGGGGCGGAGCACCCGGGGGAAAGCCAAGGCAUGCACGGGGAGAACAUGUAAACGCCACCCAGAGAUGGGCGAGGGGGGGGGAUCCACGCCAGGUCUUCCUGAUCCAUACGCACUAUUAUUCUUCUUUAUUAUUAUUUUAUAUAUUUGGACUUGGAAUAAUAAUGAUAUUUAAUUAAUAAUAAUACUUUUUAGAAUGUUUUGGUAGGUUUAUUUUGGGUGUGGAAUGCAGUCCGCUAGUGAGAAACAAUGGUUGUGUAAUGUUGAGAAAGGCCGCCCUGUUUGAAUCCAGGUACCCGCGUUAAUUCACGUUUGAUUUCACUUCUGGUUCAGUAGUAUUCUGCCCCCCCCCCCCCCCUCCUUUGAUUGGAUCUUGCUCCCAACAGACCCAGCAACGUCCUGUCCUUGUGUGCUUGUUCAGUGUGUUUGUUUGCAUGUUUAACUGCAGAUGAAUCAUUUAUUUUCACUUUAUGUUUUUCACAGCUGAGCCCCUCAAACGUCAGCCGUAGUAUUGAUAUAGAUAUUGCGGUGAAAGAACAACCUUCAUUCUUGACAUUAUAUAAACCUAACAUGGCAACAACUGAAUAUUGCUUUAUAGACGAAGGUUGAAAUAAAAUAUUAUAUCCAAGCAGCAUAAUGUCACGUUAUUAUUCAAGUCAAAUGUUGGCAUCAUAAAAGCGCUUAAAAGUCACAGACAAAAAGAAAAAAAAUCAAAAUACAUGUUUUGCUGCUCCCUGUCUCGCCUCGGUUAGCGUGUUUUUUCGGUAACGUCAAAAAUGUCCGUUUAAACUUUGCGUACAUUUUGUGGUAAUCAUAUAAUAACACACACAUCGUGGAGCGUUCUUACUACACUCCCUGAGUCCAACUGUGUUUUCCUAUUUUUAUCCCAAAACAUCCUUGUUAGCAGUGUUAGCUUGUUCUAGUUAUUUAGUUAGCCCACAAGUCUCACACAGGUUUUAAUUGUUUUUGUGCAUAAGCAGCCGUACACGUGUGUCAAGGUCAAAUGAACAUGUAAGGUUAUUUGAACUUUCAUUGAAGAUGUGAUUGUUGACAAAGAUCAACACAGACACCACCUUCUUGUUUUGACAUGAGUUAUUUUUUGCGGUGAAUGUCCCUGCUGGAAAAAGCAGUAUCGUUUCUAUGCUGCUUGAUUUGAACUUGAUUUGGCUCCAUAUGUCUUCCAUAUGUCAAACAAUAAUAAUAAUAAUAAUAAUAACAGUGGCCUGUUUUGCGUUAACAAGGAGGCGCCUAGUCAUUGAAGGCAUCAGAAGCUUGCGACGAGUAAUUAUUAACACUGAUUCAUUGAAGAAACUACUCAAAAUGGAUGCGAUUGAUGACAGGACGCAUGAAAUGGCGCAUGGAUGUUAUUGUAAUAUACAGUAAACCUCGGAUAUAUCGGACUCGGAUAUAUCGGAAAUUCGCUCACAACGGACAGAUAAAAAAGAACCAAUUUUUCUGUAAUGCAAUUCCAAUAAAAAUUCAUUGCAUAUAUUGGAUUUUUUUAUAACGGAUUUCGCCUAUUUCGGACAAAAUCUCCAGUCCCGUUCCAAUGCAUUUCCAUUAAAUUUCCCUCGCAUAUAUCGGAUGGCCGCAUCGUGGCGCUCCGAUUCGCCGAAUCGUGACAGGCCGCUAUACGACGUCAUUUGCAGCGUUUGCAGCGUUGCCUGCGCGUCCAGGUACAUUGGAAACAUAGUCAAGGAAGUGCCUUUUUAUAAUGGAUAAAAUCCGAUUUACGCAUAUACCGAUAUAAAUCCGAUAUAUGCAUAAAACGGACAUUUUCCGGUAUACGCAUAUAACGAAUUUCGCUUAUAUCGGACAAAACCAGUGGGAACAAUUGAAUCCGAUAUAUCCGAGGUUUACUGUAUGUGUUAUGUAGGUUUAAGUUUAGGUUUAUGUUUAAAGGUCUAAAUUAGUCAGUGGAAGCUGGUUGACUUGAAGAACGACGUGCUGCCAAAUGUGCUCGACAUUUUCACUCCGCGUGUGCAUCUGGUGUCCUCUCACUGACGGAGGCCGCCGCUGUUGGCGAGGGAGAGAAGCGACACAAAGGCACCCGCUGUGCCGCUCGCGCUCCCCACUUCCCAAGAGGAUUUCAUGCCAUCCGUCACCGUCGUAUGGAUUUUCAUGCCUGAAAUUCUUCCCUCCUCAAGGACAAUGAUAAUGGAUGCAGUUAGCUUCCCUCAAGACUGGCCCAUUUUCACACCGGCGGGAAAGGGGUCACGACGAGGUCACUGUUAGACGCCCCCACGGUGUAGUGACGCCUGCCCGCUCGGGGGGUGCCCGCGCUCACCUGUUUUGCAGCUUCAUCAUGAAGGCGCUGCCAGAUGGCUGAAUGGAGGACAUGGCCCUCCUUGUUCCUCCACGCCACAGGGUCACCUUACCGAGGGCUCCCGUUUCAGGUGACAGCGGGAAGAUGGAUGACGCCCAAGCUUCUGGGAUGGCCGCUUACUUUUUUUGUAGAGGGAGCUUCUCAAGGUCGUUCAUGAGAGCCGUACCAUCUCGAUAGGAGGAAGCAGGGCCAAUGAACGUUCUUCAAGUCAUUGUCUGCAACCAUGGAAACGUGUGUGUGUGUGUGUGUGUGUGUGUGUUUGUAUAAAGCGACAACAACACAGCCUGUUUCAAAACGAAACUAAAAACUUGGAAGAAUUUGGAGAUACAAUUGGUCCCUGGUCACAUGACCUUUCCACCUUGUAAUCGAAGGUCUACCUUUGGAAUGUGUUCAUAUUUGUCCAAGUGAGGUCUUUUCCUGCUAUUUCAUUGAGUCUGAUGUGUUUCCGUGUAAUCGCCAGUCUGGAGCUUUCUCUAUAAAACAGCAGCUAGCACCUUUCAUUGAAGACACACUUUGACUAGACGUGGAAAUAAAACGCAAUCACUGCAGACAGACAAAGGGGAGGAAGACGCAGCAAACGCUUUGACCUGGAACAGCUCGGUGAAAUGCCAGGCGACGGCUGAUGAAACACGUACAGGGGAAAAUCUCAUUUCUACGUAUUCUCUCUGCCAAAAAUCAAAACAUUUCUUGCCUUACACCUGAAGAUUGUCUCUAUUUUUAAUUAUGUUUUGACAUUUUUCAGCCUGACAAAUUUUUGAUAUACGGGAGCACAAUGCCCUCUUUUUAUUUCCAUUUUUAUUCUUGUUGGGCCACAGCAGGCCGAUAAAGGAUAGCCAAACAUUCAUUUUCUAUCGCUUAUCCUCACGGGGUGGGGAGUGCUGGAGCCUAUCCCAGCUGUCUUCUGGGUGAGAGGCGGGGUACACCCUGGACAAGUGGCCAGCCAAUCACAGGGCACAUAUAGACAAACAACCAUUCACACUCACAUUCAUACCUAUGGACAAUUUGGAGUCGCCAAUUAACCUAGCAUGUUUUUGGAAGGGGGGGGUAACAGGAGAAAAGCCACGCAUGCAAACUCCACACAGAGAUGGCCGAGGGUGGAAUCGAACUCGGGUCUGUGGCCUGCGCACUAACCACUAUAGCCGCCCAAUGGAGGUUUAUUCCAAAAUAGCAUGCAAUCAUGCCCCCCCGGUGGCUGUGAGUAGCAUAGAAUGAGAUAUCGUUACCGAAGAUAUCGUUACCGUUUGUCGGAAUGAAGUUAUGGGAAAAAUCCUAAUUUCAAGAGAUUAAAUGCUUGAUUUUGCAUUAAAAAAAGUAAAACUGUGACAAGUAUAUGACAGUAUAUUUGCCUUAAUGAAUGAAAAUCAUGGAACGACAUUGACAGGACGUCCCGCGUGAUUGACAGUCAGGUGGAAAUGUUGCCAAAGAAUUCGAGGACAGAAAUAUAAAUUUAAAAGCUCAAUUAUGAGAGGUUAUGAGAAAUUAUGGGGACCAAAAAGUCAUCCUUUUAACAUACAAGUUCAUUCAACAGGAAAGGAAAUACGUUUUUCUUGUGACAUUAUAAAAAAAAAAAGUCACAUAAUUACAAAACAAUAAGUACACUAAUGCUAUGGACAUUUUUUAUGACGUUUUAUCCCAUCCAACAACAUACAGUUAGCAUUAGCAUUAGCAGUACUAGCAUACUAACAUUACAGUCGCCUUCUAACAUCACGCCAUCAUGCUAGGUUAGCCUAUUCACUGAAGAAAGACAAACUGAUGAAACUUAGAGCUCUUACCUUUGUAGCUGAGCUCUGGCUUUAUUUUAAGACGUGUAGCGAAGCCUGCUUUUAGUGGUCUCGUUUAGAGCUGGGGGAGGAAGGAGGCUUUUCCUACCUUUUCUUGGUGUCAGGAAAGUGGUUGAGCAUAGCAAUUAUUGAAGUAAACCUGUGUACAGCCAGUUGUACUGCAGUAGUACGAGUAUUGGAGUACUGGUGGUGGUGCCAGACCUUUUUUCUUCUGACUGAUUACUUCCAGACAUGCCUCCCCCCCCUUCCCAUUUUCACUCCUGCUUUGCGUUGUUUUAAACGGCGCCGCUGCAGAGUCCUAGGACAAUAGGGAUGAGCAAUUGACUCGACACCCCCCCCCCCCCAACCCCCAAUCCAUACACACACACACACCAUCAUGAGCCAUCCACCCCCAGUUUGCCCUGCAGCGACACCCGCACAUUAACAUACUGCUGCCUGCACCUCCUCCUGUCUGUCUCGCCAAUCCAAUUAGACACACACACACGCGCACACACACGCGUGCACACAGCACUAAUGCAAAUUCAGCACAAUGACGGUAGUCUGGUUUUUUCUCCAUGAAGGAGUCCCGAGGUCCCAAACAAGUAGAAUCCCGGCCAAAGUCGGACAAUGAAGUUGGAAUAUGAAGACAAACGUCAUCUUUGAAAGGAAUGACCAUAAAGUCACACGUUGCAAGAGAACCCGAGGAGAAAAAUAUGUCAUUUGAAUUAAAGCUGGAUUACCAGGGAAAAAAUCCCAAUUUUAUGAGGAAAAGAAGCAAAACAAAUGUAGGAAAAAGUCAGGAAAAGCCUCUUUUUUCACCAAAGUCUUGCUUUCCCGUUGAAUAUUGAAGCCGUACGUGUAAUGUUUAAUAUUUAGCUUUUGUUUUAGUUCAAAGUUGUCAUAAUAUGAAGAACAAGUCCUAAAAACAGUCAAGUGGGAUUCUUAGCCAAGACAAGAGAUGAAAGGAGACAAAGGAGGAGCUCCUUCUGUUUGGACCCAAGGAACUUCUCAUGAUGCCACUAAACUUGUCCUCUUCUUUUCAAAGAAUAUUCUUUUUUACAAAAGCAUAUUUCACAUCGUUCUUCUUUGUAUUUUGUCGAAAUGUCGGAAUUUUUCAAGGAAUAAUUCUGAACGUGGCGAACAAUACAAGAAUAUGGUCACAAUUUUAUAAGAAAACUUUUACAGCCGUUAAAUUGGAAUUUUAUGAGGGAAAUAAUCAUAUGUUGUGUCUUAUGUGUUAUGUUAUGUUAUAUGUGAUGUGUUAUGUUUUGUGUUAUAUGUUAUGUUUUAUGUAAUGUUGUUUUAUGUGUUAUGUUAUGUUUUGUGUUAUAUGUUAUGUUUUAUGUGUUGUUGUGUUUUAUGUGUUGUGUUAUGUUUUAUGUUGUUUUAUGUGUUAUAUGUUGUUUUAUGUGUUGUAUUAUGUUUUAUGUGUUAUAUGUUAUGUUUUAUGUGUUGUGUUGUUUUAUGUGUUAUAUGUUGUUUUAUAUGUUGUGUUGUUUAAUGUUAUAUGUUGUUUUAUGUGUUGUGUUAUGUUUUAUGUGAUGUGUUAUGUUUUAUGUGUUAUAUGUUAUGUUUUAUGUGUUGUUUUAUGUGUUGUGUUGUUUUAUGUGUUAUAUGUUGUUUUAUGUGUUGUGUUAUGUUUAUGUGUUAUAUGUUGUUUUGUGUGUUGUUUUAUGUGUUGUGUUGUUUUAUGUGUUAUAUGUUGUUUUAUGUGUUAUGUUAUGUUUUAUGUGAUGUGUUAUGUUUUAUGUGCUAUGUGUUAUGUUUUAUGUGUUGUGUUGUUGUAUGUGUUAUAUGUUAUGUUUUAUGUGUUGUGUUAUGUUUAUGUGUUAUAUGUUGUUUUGUGUGUUAUGCUUUAUGUGUUAUGUUGUUUUAUGUGUUGUGUUUUAUGUUAUGUCUUAUGUGUUAUAUGUUAUGUUUUAUGUGUUAUAUAUUUGUGUUAUGUAUUGUAUGGUGUGUUAUGUUAUUAUUAUUUGUGCUGUGUUGUUAAUGUUAAUAAUAGUGUGAAGAAAGUAAAUGAAUUCUAUAAAAAAAGAAGAGAUGAAUAGGAACCCCCCCCCCCCCCCCACACACACACACACAAUUUUAUGACAAGAAUGCAGUUGUUAUUUAACGAGGAUAAAGUUGAAAAUAAACCAAGAAAAAAGUUUGAAUUUGAUGGGAAUAAAGUUAUGUGAGAAAUGAGAAAGUCAAAUUAGAAAUAUUGUAGUCUUGUAUCGGAUUAAGAUUAAAGUCAUCAUGGCCAUGAUGGCUGGAGCCUCUUGGACACGUUCGACACGAUCCGGACAGUGAAACCUCUCAUACCGAACACAUGAGUCGGGAUUCACGUAUUGGCUCGUUUCAGUAAACCGCGUCAUCGGCCAUAACCGGAAGUGCACCUUCAGCGGGCCUCCUCGGCGUCCAGACGGGGGCAGCAGAGAGCGAGAGCGGUAGUUGAAACGUGAGUUUGUCCUUUUCGCUUGUUUUAAUGUGAAAUUAGUCUCGCAGGCUCACACUUCCGCUCCCGUGGGGGUUCCGUGGAUUUUCAAGCACCGCGAGGACAGAUUGGUCAAUGUGCCAAGGUUAAAGACAAAAAGGUGGGCAGAUUGACUGAAGCGCUCCAAAUGUUACAAUAUUCUGGCAAAAAGUCAUUUUUAUGAUAUAAAUACAUAAAAAGGUGAUUUAUCAUUCCCAAUUGAAGUGUAAAAUGUCAAUUCAAGGAGAACAAAGUCGUUUGGAGAGAAGAAAUGGCAA